AUGAAAACUCGAAGUGCUUAAAAGAAAAAAUAAAAGAAGUAUACCAUAUUAACAGAAGAUGAUAAAUAAGAGAUUAUAUAAUAGUAUUAUAAACAUCCUUCCCAAACAUCGCUUAUGCAUUUGAAAGAUAAAUACAAAACUUCAAUAAAAAAUAUAAGAAGAUGGAUUAGAUUAGGUUUUAAAAGAAAGAAAGGAUGUGGAAGAAAGAAACUUAAUGAAAAAGCAGAAGAAUUAUUAGAAGUUUGGGUUAAAAAACAAUGUGUCAAACAAAAGAAAAGAGUCUCUAGAUAGUAAAUAAAAGCAUAAGCUAUCAAAUUCUUUAAAGAUUCUAAUUUUAAAGCCUCCAAAGCUUGGUAAGAUGAAUUUGUUAAAAGUAAGAACAUCAAAAUUAAAUAAUUAUUUCUUUUACAUGAUAGAGGGUGCUUAAAUUAUUCUUAAAUCAGAACAUUUUAACAUCUGUUGAUCAAGAGUGGAAAAGAUAUUCAAUCAUACAGAAAUUAGAUUCUCUAAAAUUUUGAAAUCUAAAGCUAACUUUCAUUUGAAGAUAGUCAAUAAUGUACUAAUUCAAUCAAUAAGCAAUAUUGGAAUUACGAAAUCUUUCAAUAAGAUUCAUUGAUGCAUUUUUAAGAAUUGUUUCUCUGA